CCUCCGCCGGCGGCCGCCAUCCGCCGCCCCGGCUGUGAAUGAAAGGCAGGCGCCGCCGGCUCUGGCUGCAGGCGAUUCGGCGACGCGGCCUCCCAGGAGGCGCUCGCCCCGCGGAGAUGUACGGUGUGUGCGGCUGCUGUGGCGCUCUGCGCCCCCGGUACAAGAGGCUGGUUGACAACAUCUUCCCUGAGGAUCCGGAGGAUGGCUUGGUGAAGACCAACAUGGAGAAGCUGACCUUCUACGCCCUUUCAGCUCCAGAAAAGCUGGACCGAAUUGGCGCCUACCUCUCCGAGAGGCUCAUCCGCGAUGUGGGCCGUCAUCGAUAUGGGUACGUGUGUAUCGCCAUGGAGGCCCUGGACCAGCUGCUCAUGGCCUGCCACUGUCAGAGCAUCAACCUCUUCGUGGAGAGUUUCCUUAAGAUGGUGGCCAAGCUACUGGAGUCGGAGAAGCCCAACCUGCAGAUCCUCGGCACCAACUCGUUUGUGAAGUUUGCCAACAUCGAGGAGGACACGCCAUCCUAUCACCGGAGCUAUGACUUCUUUGUGUCCCGCUUCAGUGAAAUGUGCCACUCCAGCCACGAUGACAUGGAGAUCAAGACUAAAAUCAGAAUGUCCGGUAUCAAAGGUCUGCAAGGGGUGGUGAGGAAGACGGUGAACGAUGAAUUGCAGGCCAAUAUCUGGGACCCACAGCACAUGGACAAAAUUGUCCCGUCACUGCUUUUCAAUCUGCAGCACGUAGAGGAGGCAGAGAGCCGCUCCCCCUCACCCCUCCAAGCACCAGAAAAAGAGAAAGAGAACCCAGCAGAGCUGGCCGAGAGGUGCCUGCGGGAACUGCUGGGCCGGGCCGCCUUUGGCAACAUCAAAAAUGCCAUCAAGCCUGUUCUCAUCCAUCUAGACAACCACUCUCUUUGGGAACCCAAGGUGUUUGCCAUCCGUUGCUUUAAAAUCAUCAUGUACUCGAUUCAGCCGCAGCACUCCCACCUGGUUAUCCAGCAGCUCCUGAGCCACCUGGAUGCCAACAGCCGCAGCGCGGCCACGGUGCGGGCGGGCAUCGUGGAGGUCCUGUCGGAAGCUGCCGUCAUCGCCGCCACCGGCUCUGUCGGGCCCACGGUGCUGGAGAUGUUCAACACUCUGCUGAGGCAGCUGCGGCUCAGCAUCGACUACGCCCUGACUGGGAGCUACGACGGGGCCAUCAGCCUGGGCACCAAGAUCAUCAAGGAGCACGAAGAGCGCAUGUUCCAGGAGGCUGUCAUCAAGACCAUAGGCUCCUUUGCCAGCACGUUGCCCACUUACCAGCGCUCCGAGGUGAUCCUCUUCAUCAUGAGCAAGGUCCCACUGCCUUCCCUGCACCAUACCAUCGAGACAGGGAAGACGGGAGAGAACAGGAACCGGCUGACUCAGAUUAUGCUGCUGAAAUCCCUCCUUCAGGUGUCCACAGGUUUCCAGUGCAACAACAUGAUGUCAGCCCUGCCCAGCAACUUCCUCGACCGCCUUCUCUCCACCGCCCUCAUGGAGGACGCAGAAAUCCGUCUCUUUGUUCUAGAGAUUCUCAUCAGCUUCAUUGAUCGUCAUGGCAACCGCCACAAGUUUUCUACCAUCAGUACCCUCAGCGACAUCUCUGUCCUGAAGCUCAAAGUGGACAAGUGCUCCCGGCAGGACACCGUCUUCAUGAAGAAGCACUCCCAGCAGCUCUACAGACACAUCUACCUGAGCUGUAAGGAGGAGACGAACAUACAGAAGCACUACGAGGCGCUCUACAGCUUGCUGGUGCUCAUCAGCAUUGAGCUGGCCAAUGAGGAAGUGGUUGUAGACCUCAUCCGCCUGGUGCUGGCUGUUCAGGACGUGGCCCAGGUCAAUGAGGAGAACCUGCCUGUGUACAACCGCUGUGCCCUGUACGCACUGGGCGCUGCCUACCUGAACCUCAUCAGCCAGCUCACAACGGUCCCUGCCUUCUGCCAGCACAUCCAUGAGGUGAUAGAGACCAGGAAGAAAGAGGCUCCGUACAUGCUUCCUGAGGACGUGUUUGUGGAGAGGCCUAGGUUGUCUCAGAACCUUGACGGAGCAGUGAUUGAGCUCCUCUUCCGCCAGAGCAAGAUCAGUGAGGUCCUGGGGGGCAGCGGCUACAACUCAGACAGGCUCUGCCUGCCCUACAUCCCUCAGCUGACAGAUGAGGAUCGCUUAUCCAAGAGGAAGAGCAUUGGAGAAACCAUUUCCCUGCAGGUAGAGGUGGAGUCCAGGAACAGCCCAGAGAAGGAGGAGCGAGUGCCUGCCGAGGAGAUCACCUAUGAGACGCUGAAGAAGGCCAUCGUGGACAGCGUGGCAGUCGAGGAGCAGGAACGCGAACGGCGGCGACAGGUGGUCGAGAAGUUCCAGAAGGCACCCUUUGAGGAGAUUGCGGCACACUGUGGGGCCCGGGCAUCACUGCUGCAGAGCAAACUCAAUCAGAUCUUUGAAAUCACCAUCCGCCCCCCGCCGAGCCCAUCAGGCACUGUCACCGCAGCCUAUGGCCAGCCUCAGAACCACUCCAUUCCUGUCUACGAGAUGAAGUUUCCGGAUCUGUGCGUAUACUGAAUUCCAAAAGACAGAGCUCCUCGGAGGGGUGGGGUCUGAGGGAGGGGUUCUCCCUCACAGCCCACCACUGGGACAUGGGAAUCGAACUGGGAGCUCAGAGAAAAAGCACCUUGGCUGGCAAGCACCUCCCCAGCUAAGCAAAAUGGAGUGUAGGGAGCCCCUCUCGGCCUCCCACUUCCUCCCUGUCUUCCCUAAGGGAGACCAGCCCCUGCCCCUCUGGGGCCAGAAGCCCCCCACCUGCCCUUUGUUUCCUCCUUUGUGUCAGCAGGAGCCCGAACCGUGGGGGUCUUCAGAGGGAGGCUAGAGUCUCAAGAAGAUCCUGCUUGGUGUGGUGCGGCAAGGGCUUUCAUGGGGAUGGGUCUGGGGGCAGAGCUGCCAGUCCCCCAGGAGGGAACUGGACAGAGACAGGGCCCAUCAGAGGAAAGCACAGACUGCUGUCUGGAGGAAGCAGGGCAGAGCUCCCAGCUCCUCUUGGGAAGUGGUGGCACAUGAGGCUGGAAGAUGGCUGCUCUCCUCAGAAUAGUUCCUCCCCUCAGCCUCUGGGUGUCCCUUCCACUCUUCUGCUCACCCCACCAGUUGUGUCCUUGUGAAUCUUUCUAGAUUAGUUCAUAUUGAGCCCUUACAAUGGGCACUGCAGUAGGAACACCACCUGGGGCAGGAAAGGGUGAAAAUGGAGGGCGGGCACCUGGCCGCACAGUGGGCUGGCUGUCCCCAGGCCGGGCCUGCCUCCAGAGAGGAGAGGGCAGAAGUGGGCAAGGCCACGUCCCUCUGUGGCAUCUUCUCACCCCCUUCAUUCAAAGGGAGCUCGUUGAGUCUGCCUGUGAUUCUCUCCCUUCUGGAUGCUUCUCUGAGUUGAGCCUUCUCUCUUUGAUGCCUUUCUUCCUGAGGAUCCUAGCAUGUUCCUACAGCCUCUCGGUCGAAGAAGGGCAGAACGAGAUGAUCUGGCUCUGCAUGGCGCCAGAGGAACCACAGGGCCCCCAGGCCUGCCCACAUCCCUUCCUUUGGGAGAAGCUCCCAGUCUGGUCUGGGGAAGGGGUGGGGAAGGGGGCUAGAAGGGGUAGCGCUUUGCAUCUCGAGGGUGUCAGAAGUCAACCUUGUGGAUAUUUCAUGCAAGAAAAGAAGGAUCCAGCACCUGAUACUGGAACAAUCUCUCUACUCUCUGGACAAAGUCAAGACAUCACUGUCAGCAGGCAAACUUCAGACUUGGGGAGAGGCAGCGGAGACCCCUUUGGGUUCUGGGUUUCCAUUUUCCCUGAGUGCCAUCUGUGUGCAGAGGAGGGGCUCCCCGCCUCCCCCUCCCGCCCCCCUCCCGGGGCCGCCUCCAGCAGCAGAACCCCAUGGUCCAAAAUAGCCCUUUUCUCCUCUCCCAGGCAAACUCCCCUAACUUUUCUGAGCUGAUGUGACUCCCAGUAAGGUGUGAAUGGUCAGAGGAUCCCUCCCUGGAGAAUCUGUUUUUUAAAAAGAGGGAGGUUGAGUAGAUUUCUUGACCUGAAGGAAACCGUUUUUAGGGUACAAUUUUAGGCAGUGUGGGGAAGGGUCAGAAGCUGGAUAUUUCUGCUAAGGGGAGGGCAAGCUUCUUGUGACACUCUCUGGUCACACCCAUGCACGCAGCCCUGCACGGACACGGGAUGAAAACCUGAUUCUUAGGACAAAUCGGUGUAUUUUCCCAAACUGGGAAAACCUUAACAUAUGCACUUUCCCAUUACAUGUGCAAUAAACGUUUGGAUGGGGUGGGGGGGGCUAUGAGACUCUCGUUCCUGUAGUUUCUGCCCUUGGUCGGUGUCUCUGUGCUGUGGGACUAUGGCUUCCUGACAGCCUGCACGAUUACAAGGCCCAGGGAGCCUGGCUCCUGCUCCCCACCCACACUCCACCCCUGCAGCUCUUGGCUUAGUUCUGUGGCUCUUGGCUAAUGCUCAACCCAAAUUUAUAAGCAUGAACUUAGAUUUCUCUUUAUCUUACUCUCUCGUUCUUAAGAAACAAAGUUCAAAAUAAAAUUUGAAAGCAAAUAACCUUUGGAAGAAAUUUGAGAGAAAAAUCUCAAUCUUGAGCCACAAACAUGUCUUCCCUUACCAGAUCUUUCCAUCUUUGCCCCCUACGUGGCUUUGAUGAGAAACCUGGUGUCUUCCUCGUGUCUCCUCGACUUGAGGGUCUACCCCGUGUCAGCUGCACCCUGAGCACUGCCCUCUGGGGUCCUGGUCCUGGGGCAUGGGCGUCGUGGCCCUGGAGGCUCUUUCUUGAGCCACCACCAGAACCAGAGAUGGGUUGGCCACUCAGAUGCCUCGCCCUGGGAACAGAGUGAAGGAAAGAUACGGGGCUCCCCUUCUUCUGCACCCGAACCUGUAUCUGUCUGAAGCAGCUCUUUCUUACAUCACGGCUGCCUAGCAAAGAUGUGCUUCUUUUGGAGAACUCACCAUUUCUUGAGGGCUCUCUUCUCAGUUUCGGUUUAAAAACUUACACUCAGUAGAAUAUUGGAUUGCCUGCUGACAUGAAAUAGAUCCCAGACUCUAGCCAAAUAUGCCUCAGAGUCAGAAAGUGUAAGGUGACUGUUAAGUCAAACAAUUACCGGUCAACUCAGCAGCGUCCUUCACACACACACACACACACACACACACACACACACACAUGCACGCACGCACACACACACACGUGCACGCACGCACACAGCCCCUUCCUGCAAGCCGAAGAAGAGAGGCAUACAGGGUGUGGGAGGCUCCCGGACCCUUGGCUUAGAGUCACUACUUACUGCCUUCCAAGCCCUCUGGCUUCUGGCAGCCCUUUGUCACAUGAAGGACCCUUUUUGCCACCUGUCUCUGUUUUGAUUGUGAGCCAGCAAGCCCAUCCAAACCAGCUGCUCCCCAGAGCCACUGAGGGCUCUUGCUUCAUGGCCAAGGGGUAGGUUUGGUUAGCAUUCUGUUGGCAGAACUUAAGGCAUGAAUGUAUUUGAGAUUUGGAAGUUCUAUUAAUGUGGAUGAGUCCUGUAAGUGGGUAAGAAGCCGGUCACAGAUGCCGGAGGCUCCUUGUUUUCCUUGCAGUGGGGGCUCCAGUGCCCUGCACCUGUUCCCAUUUUCCUCUCUCUGAAAAGUAGAGAUAAGUGGUUUCUUGACUCCUAGAUGCCUCCUCACCAAAGAAGGAGCCCAAGCAGGUGAGAAGAAUUAGAAAAGGACGCUGUCCUCUGUCCAGCCGCCUAUACAAGUAUAGACAGAUGAGUGCUGAAAAGGUGGGGCUGGGACCAUCCACAGUGCUUGAGAAGCACAUGGGUCGUAUAUACGCUGCCCUUUGCCCUGGGCGUGCUGGGCCCCCUAGGACAUGUUUCGGUUGGCCUGAGAAUCACAGCAGUCUUGGGGUACUGUUAAACAGCUCAAAGGCCAGACCUCUGGGCUUCUCUGGGGGCCCCUGGGUCAUGAUAGUUUCCGGUCGCUUAUUGCGUGGUCCCUAGACCUUCUGACGUGGGCACAGAGAGUGUCACUUGGAAGUGAGGCCAUUUCUCCCAAUCCCUCUCUGUGACCAUAAAAUGGCUUCUGGGGGUCUGUGCGAAAGGACUAGACCUGUGUGUAAGGCUGAGUAUGAAGUUUAAAGGUAGACAGGGAGGACAGGUCAUGUCUGCUUCCCCUAACCCACAGACCCUGGCAGGCAGAUCCUGCUGAAACAAGGCGUCUUCCUGGUGUCUGAGGAGGUUUAGGGCCAUGUGCUGCUUCUUCAUCCCCUAGAAAUCUUCUGGUUAGAGUGACCUGAGGUCUGAAGAUUAUGGAAGCCUGGUCACUCUGGGCCGGGCCAGCUGGGGAAGAGGGGAGAAGGCAGGGACUGCGAGCAGGGCUCUGUGGCUUGUUGGAGUCGGAAGGCAGUUUUCUGUGCUCUCCUUUAGCAUCAGCGGGGUUGGUCAGGUUUUUUCUCCUUCGGAGGACUUUGGGGUCUCAGGCCAUCACCUUCCCCUUCUGAGCUCAUGAAUGUCGAUUCUGGCCUGUGGAGUGCAGAGCGGUAAAUCCACAAAUGCUGCAGCAUUACACAUAUUGUAACGUGUCUGUGUCUGUUUAGACCUUCAUGACCUGGCUGAGAGUGUUAUGUGCCCACUCGCACACGUGUGUGUAACGGAGCUCACAGUUGACAAUAUAUGUACAUAACAGCGGAAUUAUUUAUAUGGGAGUGCAGAAUUAGUGCCUGUGGCAGUGUCCUGUAUUUUAAACUCAUUGAAUCAAAUUAGUUUUAUUUUAAGGAAGGGGAAAGAGGAUUGGGGUUGGGGGGAUCAUAGGAAGAAGGACUCUUAGCAAGAUCGUUCUUUAGGAUUAUUAGUCAUGGUUUCUCAAUGAGUCUUCAUGAUGCCCUUUUCAAAUAAAUGUUAAUGUUGUCACCA